AUGGGUAAACAAAAAGGAAAAAAUAAAAUUGACAAAAACUCUGAUACUUCCGAUGAUGAAAGCGAAGAAUUCGUCGACGCUAAGUCUGAAAUGGAAAAUUCAGAUGCUGCUACGCCACCACAAAAUAAUGAAAAUCAUCCAUCUUCCUUUAUUAUUUCUGGUUUUAAGAAGGGGUAUAAGUUUGUCACCGAGGGUUUGAAUUUCUUUACACCUAAAUCUAAAAUUUCAGAAGAUGUUAGCUACACAAAAAUCAUAUUUCACGCGCAUUUUCCUAAGGUUCAUGUCGGAAUUCCUGUUAUAGUUGGUAAUAUAGAGGAACUUGGUAAAUGGAUAAAACCAAAAAUUUUUCUUAAGCAAUAUAAGAAAAAUAGAUCUUAUUGGUAUUCAGAUCCUAUUCAAAUCCCGAACGUAAGAUUUCAAGAUUCUGUUAGAUAUAAAUAUGCUGUGUGUAAAGUCAACAACCAAAACUACCUAAACUUAGAAUACGAAGGAUCUGGUCCAGAUGACGAUCGUGAGCUAGAAAUUCAACGUCAACAAUUCGAUAUUUGGAAAAAUAAUUCGGCUUAUCGCAUUAAUCAAAUCACUGAUUAUAUGUUUUUAAAUGUCAUUUAUAAAUCCGAAAACAUUAAGGAGAUGGUUAUAGAUUAUGAUAAUAUCCUUAAACAACAUCACGACUUAACUUUAUCCGUAACGAAUCUUGAAUUUAUUAGCAAACAUGUAUCGGAUAAAUCUAUUGAUAGACGUCUUUUUUUAUGCUUCCUUUUAGAACAGACCAAAAUAUUUGAAUUACCAAGAGAAUUUAAAACUGCUCACUUGCUACAAGCUUUCUUCACGGUUGAUCAAUACACAUUUCCAAGCGAUAGUAUGCAUGUU